CUCAUUCACUCACACUCCCAUGUAUGAAUACACGAAUCCCACUCCAUCCACCUCCCACACAUCCAUUCUAUGUACUUACAUACAUAUCACCUCCUCCUGCCCUGCUGCGCAUCCCUAAUGUCCGCGCCGGUCUUCUUCUCUUACCUCUUAUUUCUUGGCAUCUGCGUGUUUUGACAUCCUUCGGUAACAUAGACAUAGACCUGACCUCGACAUCACGGUCUGAACACCUGCAGCAACACAUUUCACCAUCUCGUCCUCUGCUUCAGAGUUGAUCAGCUCCCCUCGCCCUCGGUCCCGCCCUCUGGAACUCGUCUUAUAUACCGCCAUCGCCUGACCAGCUUCAACAAUACCCAAAAAAAUCCGCCCACUCUCUGUUUUUGACCGACUUCAGAAAUCGAAAGGAUUAUUCUACGCUUUCUCUCGUUUAUCCCAGUCGCUUGCUAUCACUCACCGAACUUGACUUGAGGCAGUCAACAAACGAAUUACCCUCAUCGGCCUCUCUGGCUCCUGUCAUAUCCACCUUCACCUCCUUCCUGCCUCGCAUCGGCCACCUCCCGAAGACAACUUCUUGGCAUUACGAGGCCUCCAGAAAACUCGACAAGCAGCAGCAUCCCACCAUUUUUGGAACUUGGGGAUUCUUGUUUGCCAUCAUUGUUACCGACUAAUCACCCAUCAUUCUGGAUCUCGAUUUCAAGAAUCCCACUCAAGUCACAACACAACGCAAUUAGCCAAGAUGCGCUUCAACCUUACUUUUCCCCUUGCCGUGCUAGGCCUCACAUCAACUGUUCUUGCGGCACCUCAAGCAGCUAGAGAUGUCAGCCAAUCCUCACCGCCGGUCAUCGAAAAGCGCGAGGACACCAAGUACUUCCACGAGCCCUGCUGUGGCGAAGAGCUUGGCCACUACGAUAUCCGUUAUUUCAAGCAAGCUGUGGGCUACGACGACCACCGUGUUGUUCUCCGCAACCUCGUCCGCUCCUAUCUGACCAUUACCAAGAAGCUCAAGGUUGAGACAUGGCUCGCCCACGGCACGCUUCUGGGUUGGUGGUGGAACGGCAAGAUCAUGCCCUGGGAUUACGACCUCGAUGUUCAGGUCUCGACGGCGACUCUGUAUUGGAUGGGCCAGAACCUGAACCGCACCGAGCACGACUUCGACUGGACCGACAAGGAUGGCAACGCCAGAAAAGAACGCUACCUGCUCGACGUCAACCCCCACGGCACUGACAAGGACCGCGGCGACGGCCAGAACAUCAUUGACGCCCGCUGGAUCAACAUGGCCAACGGUGCCUUUAUCGAUAUUACUGGCCUCGCCGAGCGCGACCCUUCCGGAAUGCCUGGUGUCUGGAGUUGUAAGAACUACCACCGCUACCGCACCACCGACCUUUUCCCCAUGCGCGAGACCGAGUUCGAGGGUGUUCCCGCCACCAUUCCCUACAGCUUUGAGCGCAUUCUUUCCGAAGAGUACGGUACCAAGAGCUUGGUGACUACCGAAUGGCAAGGACACAAGUGGGAGCCGGAGCAAAAGGAGUGGCUCAAGACACAGCAAUAGCUGAAGGCGGUUUUCUUCCACUGAUUACAAAAUCUGCAUGAUUGGAGCGUGGAUCAGUUCAAGCUCAGGCUUUCCCAAGCCGCUACACGACUCCUUUUCUUUUCUUCUUCCGUUUUGUUCCAUUUUGAAGCAGAAAAACAUGGGCAUUUGGGCGACAGCAAUUGGCGUCGCCGUACGCCUACAUGCAUUGGCGGCGUUUCCGGACAUGGCAUAGGCAUGGCAUCAAGGCGUUCUAGGAAUGGGAUAUCAUACCGGGAGGACACUCGGACGAGGUCUCUCUCUCUUUUUGUUCUUUUCUUUUCACAGCAUUCAUGAAGAAGGCGGCAUUUUGUACGAGUAACAGCAUGG